UACGCUCUCCGUCGCGUGAAACCUUCUUCUCUCGCCCAUCCGCCCAUCCGCCCCCUUGGCCCUUGCUCUCUCCUCUCUUUGUUCUCAGCUCUCCAAAACCCUAACAAUCCCAAACCUAAAUCUCUUCCUUUUCUUCUUCCUUCCUUCCAUCUCCUCCUCCUAUUCUCCAAUGGCGGCGAUGCUGCAACCCCAGAUCAUACUGCUGAAGGAGGGGACGGACAGUUCCCAGGGGAAGGCGCAGGUGGUGAGCAACAUCAACGCAUGCACCGCGGUGGCGGACGCCGUCCGGACCACUCUGGGGCCUCGCGGGAUGGACAAGCUCAUCCACGAUGACAAGGGCAACACCACCAUCUCCAACGACGGCGCCACCAUCAUGAAGCUCCUCGACAUCGUCCACCCGGCUUCCAAGAUCCUCGUCGACAUCGCCAAGUCCCAGGACUCGGAGGUUGGUGAUGGAACGACUACCGUAGUGCUUCUUGCGGGCGAGUUCUUAAAGGAAGCGAAACCUUUCAUUGAGGAUGGAGUCCACUCUCAAAAUCUCAUCCGAAGUUAUCGGACUGCGUCCUAUUUGGCGGUUGACAAAAUCAAAGAACUUGCUGUUAGCAUAGAAGGGAAAAGCCUUGAAGAAAAGAAAAAUUUAUUGGCAAAAUGUGCCGCUACAACUCUCUCCUCCAAGCUUAUUGGUGGUGAGAAGGAGUUUUUUGCAUCCAUGGUUGUUGAUGCUGUCAUGGCUAUUGGCAAUGAUGAUAGGCUAAAUUUAAUUGGGAUUAAGAAGGUCCCUGGGGGUAACAUGAGAGAUUCAUUUCUUGUCAAUGGUGUUGCUUUCAAGAAGACAUUUUCUUAUGCUGGUUUUGAGCAGCAACCGAAAAAGUUUCUGAAUCCAAAAAUCCUUUUGUUAAACAUUGAGUUAGAAUUGAAAUCGGAGAAAGAAAAUGCAGAAAUCAGAUUAUCAGACCCUAUACAAUAUCAAUCAAUUGUUGAUGCUGAGUGGAAUAUCAUCUACAACAAAUUAGAUAAGUGUGUACAAAGUGCAGCAAAAAUUGUUCUCUCACGAUUAGCAAUUGGCGACCUUGCAACACAGUACUUUGCAGAUAGGGAUAUUUUCUGUGCUGGUCGUGUAACAGAAGAGGAUCUGCAACGUGUUGCUGCAGCAACAGGUGGAACAGUGCAGACUUCUGUCAACAACGUUAUUGAUGAGGUUCUUGGAUCCUGUGAAGUAUUUGAGGAAAAACAAGUAGGCAAUGAACGAUUUAACAUCUUUAGUGGUUGUCCUUCUGGUCAGACAGCAACCAUAGUUCUCCGUGGUGGUGCAGAUCAGUUCAUUGAGGAAGCUGAAAGAAGCCUGCAUGAUGCCAUAAAUGUCAGAAGGGCUUUAAAGAACUCCACUGUUGUGGCCGGUGGCGGUGCUGUAGAUAUGGAGAUAAGCCGAUAUUUGAGACAGCAUGCUCGGGCAAUUGCUGGAAAGUCACAAUUGUUUAUUAAUUCAUAUGCUAAAGCUCUUGAGGUUAUUCCACGGCAACUUUGUGACAAUGCCGGAUUUGAUGCAACAGAUGUACUGAACAAGCUCAGACAGAAACAUGCUUCUGGUGAAGGUGCAAAUUAUGGUGUAGAUAUCAACACUGGUGGCAUCGCAGAUUCCUUUGCUAACUUUGUAUGGGAACCUGCAGUUGUUAAGAUUAAUGCUAUAAAUGCUGCGACAGAAGCUGCCUGUCUUAUCCUGAGUGUGGACGAGACAGUUAAAAAUCCAAAGUCGGAGAGUGCACAAGGUGAAGCUGCUGCCAAUGCAAUGGCGGGCCGGGGUCGUGGAGCAGCCCUUCGUGGUCGUGGUGGAAGAGGCAUGCGAAGACGUUGAUUUCCCUGUACCAGAGCUGUAUGACUUUAUUUAGGUACUCAAGUUUUCGAGUCAGUUAUGUUUCUUGAGGUGCUGCUGUUAGCAUUCGGCUUGUAACUCGUGGGAGUUUAGGCAUGUGCCAGGCCUGCUUGAAACAGAUGGGAGCUGCUAAUUCUUUAGUUAACGUAGCAGUCUCAAAUCAUUUUGUUCAAAAGCCUGUCGUUCUGUAUGUUGGAUUGCAUGAGAGGGGGAAAAGAAAGUAAACCUGCCACUUGAUUUAUCUUAUUUCUCAAAUUUAAUUAUUUUGCUAGGGGAUUUUCUUUUGGUGCUGCAA